GUGACGCGGGCUCCGCCACCUGUCCACCCAGCCAUUCCCGAUUCAUAUGCUGCGGCGUCGUUUUAGUAUUCGGACCAAAUAUACAAACAUAUCGGCCACCGGAGCUGAUCAUCGUCUUGGUUCUUCCGUCCAAACCAAUCCCCGGAGCUUCACAUUUCGAUUAAACCCAUAAAGGGUGGUUCUGUUUUCCGUGUGCUUCAUACUUUGUUUGAUUAGGUUUACUUAUUGACAAAAAGAAGGGAGGUUCAAAUGUGGGGCUUUGCUUCUAAUGCUAUUACGAGCAUUGGACUUAGGAGAAGUUCGUCAGAGCCGAGCAGGGUGUUCUUGGACUCCUCGGAUGAUGAGGUUUGCUCGAAUUCAAGCCGAGAGGAAGGGCUAGAAUGCCCUAUUUGUUUGGAAUCUUUUAACAUUGUCGAGAAUGUUCCCCAUGUGUUAUGGUGCGGUCAUACCCUGUGCAGAAAUUGUGUCCUGGCGCUUCAGUGGGCGGUCUUCAGAUUCUCGACUCAAAAAUUUAAGAUCCCGUUUUUCAUUUCUUGUCCGUGGUGCCACCUGUUUUCUUUGCGGCUGGUUUAUAAGGGGAAUCUAAAGUUUCCUCGCAAGAAUUUCUUCCUUUUGUGGAUGGUUGAGAGCUUCAAUGGUGAUAGGGCGAAGUUUGGUCCUGCUUCCAAUGGGGAAAAUCAACAAAUUAGUUCUCCAAGAGUCAACUUGGCUACUGGAAAUCAUGCUGGCAAUAGUAACCUGAGGAGGAACCAUUUUAGUUGUCCUUUGCUGUCAAGGUAUAAUAGUGUUGAUGGUGGUGGCCGUGUGGACCGGCAUCAUUUCUCCCUUCACAAGUCUUUGGAUUGCUUCAUUCACAUUACAUCCAAGUUCCCAUUAGUUAUACUGCUUCUGUUGAUUGUCUUUUGCGUAAUACCGGGCAGUGCUAUAAUCUUGGUACUCUACUUGCUACUCACAGUUCUUUUUGCAAUCCCAUCUGUCUUGGUAUUGUACUUUGCAUAUCCUACUUUGGAGAGGCUGGUAAGGGAGAUAACCUCGUGA